UCAUGGGACCUUCCCCUCUUCUUUCGGUUUUCAAUAUAUUUUGCUUGUUGUCGAUUAUGUCUCGAAAUGGGUGGAAGCUAUAGCCACCCGUACUGAUGAUUCUAAAGUUGUUGCAGAAUUUUUGAAAUCAAAUAUUUUUGCUAGAUACGGAUUCCCAAGAGCCAUCAUCAAUGACAAGGGGACACACUUUUGCAAUAAGACAAUAGGAGCUCUCUUGAAAAAGUAUAAUGUGUUCCAUCGAGUGUCCACUGUGUAUCACCCACAAACAAAUGGACAGGCAGAAGUUUCCAAUCGGGAAAUCAAGUCCAUUCUAGAGAAGACUGUGAAUCCAAACAGGAAAGAUUGGAGUCUCCGCCUCAACGAUGCUCUGUGGGCGUACAGAACAGCGUAUAAAACACCGAUCGGGAUGUCUCCUUACAGGCUAGUAAUUGUCAAACCUUGUUACCUUCCAGUAGAAUUGGAACACAAAGCUUUUUGGGCCGUGAAGCAAUGCAAUAUGGAGAUGGAUGCAGCAGGUGAGCAAAGAAAACUUCAGUUACAAGAGCUUGAGGAAAUCCGAAAUGAUGCUUUCGAGAAUGCGAGAAUUUACAAGGAGAAGACUAAGGCAUUCCAUGAUGAGCGCAUAACACGAAAGACAUUAACAGUGGGGCAGAAAGUUCUCUUGUACCAUUCUCGGCUUAAACUUUUUCCUGGUAAACUCCGUUCUCGAUGGGUGGGGCCCUUUAUUAUUACCAAGGUAUAUGACCAUGGUGCGGUGGAGAUUCGUAGUGAGGACACAAGGAAGGAAUUCAAGGUGAACGACCAUCGACUCAAGCCAUACUAUGAGGGUUAUCAGGUCCACAACAUUGAAGUGAUGGAGCUAGAAGCUCCAAAUUAUGACGACUAGCAUGCUGAGAAGACGUCGAGCUAACGACGAUAAAUAAAGCGCUCUUGGGAGGCAGCCCAAAUUUAGGAAUUUUUUCUAAUAAUUUUUUUUUUAACUUGGUUUUCUCGAAAAAAAAAAUCAGCUCAGAUAUUUCGUUUGCUCCUAUUUUUAAGCCCCUUAUAAUAUUCAGGAAACUGAUUAUGUUUUUAUUUGAUAUCAGCUGUUGUAGGAUGGUGGGAUUGGUUGGACACAAUGGUGGAGUUAAAGCUAAGCUGAAACGACACCUGCUUAUAUCCGAAAGUGUUUGCAGCAAGAAAAUAUGAACAUAUUCAAGCUUGGGGGAUACCAUCAGGCUAGAUAUACAGUCAGUCAUCCAAGAAACUUCACCCGGACACAUUUACUGGAGCACAUACACUACUACAAAUCCCGUCCUUUUGAGACGCUUUUUUCCAGUAUUUUCGACAUUGAAAGCGUCGCUAUUUUUUUUCU